AUGCUGGACAUGGCAAACCUCGACGUUGGUCGUAACUUCAGCAACCACCUCAGCAAACAACAAUGGCAGACUUUCUACAAGAAUAACAUGCACUACUCAGCUCGCAACCUAUGGUAUCGAAUGAUACAUAAACAAAGCUCCAACAAACUUGCCAUGUCGCAACUCCAUCUGGAACAUGCUGAAUCUGAUAGAUGUGAACUCUGUUAUGAAGUGGAAGACGCCAAACAUCUCCUGAUCAGUUGUGUCCACAAACUUGAUGUAUGGGACUCCUCAUUCAACGAGUUCCUUGGUUACCCCAAAUCUGCAGAUCCACAUCUUAUCUACAAAUCAAUUACGCUCUUCAAACUGGACCGAUAUUUCAUAUACAACUUGGAUAUCCACAUCACAAUCUUUGACCUCUUUGCCACCAUCAUGCGUAUUAUCUGGAGAAACCAUUAUCAACAGCUUUACAACCACAUGCCUUUUGAUUCAAUCCAAACCAGCCGCCAAAUCAGAACCGAAGUGUUAAAAUUGUCAAAUCUUAAGCAACUUUCUUACUAG